AUGAACGAAUGUAAACUCCUGGAACAUGCACCGGAUUUUGCUAAAUCUCGCCCGGACGCGUACCUGGACAGCGUCAAGACCGAGUAUGCCGCUAAAUUAGCUGUAUGCGAACUACUCAGUGCCCAGCCAAUGAACCCGACACCACCGCUGGAUUGCGACAUACUGGUCCCGGCAGCAAAACACUGCGGUAAAGGCGGUAGCUGGUGGCAUACUCGGUCGGAAGUUCCGAGCGACAAGCAAUGCUAUCCUGAGUUCAAGGAGUACCACUAUACGCAAUGCCUAAAGAGCUUACAAUCGACGCCUCAAUACUGGACUUCGUUCAGCAAUGCUCGUCAGAAUGCAGUGGUCAUGUGCCAAGCCAGUAGAGAUGUCAUCGAGCGAGAAAAUCACCUCGAGAUAUUCAAGAACCUGACCCAAGUUCUAGGUGAUGUGACAUCGAACAUGCAGAAAACCACUGAGGAACACGAGUCAUUGAUCCGCGAGCAGAGGCAGUACUCGGAGGAAGCCCGGGACUCUCAUCAGCAGCUUAAGAAAGACAUUCAAGCAGUCCAAGAGAAGGCUGUCGCCACUGUAGGGGCGCUUGAUGAAAAGUUUCAUACCUUCAUGGAGGCAUCAAUUUCGAAUCUUAUCACAGCUCUGGCUGAGAGCCAAGACAACGAGAUUGAUCGGAUACAUGAGAGAAUGCAGAUCUUCUUACGAGAUCUGAUGCUAGAUAGCUCCCAUCUCGCGAAGUACUUCACAAGCGAGCUUCAAAAACAUCACGAACUGGCCAAGAUCAGCAUCCAGUCCAACCAUGAGGCACAGAUCGACAGCUACAACGUCCUAGCAACUUAUAUGAGUACCACACAAGACACCAUCAACCAAACCAACAAUGUUGCGGAUCGCUCUCUUUCCAAGGUGGACAGUAUUGCACAACGACUAGACAUCUUCGAGAUGCAGACCGAGCAUAUCGCUGAGGGGUUCGCCUUCCUGAGCGCGAUACCAGCACUUGUCACAUGGCUUGUUCGCGGCUGCCUAGCCACUGCCGGAACACUAUUCAUGUUCGCCGUCCUGUACAAGCUCAACACCAAGCUAGCAGCAUACACUGGCGGUGCAUGCAGCUCAGCGUUCCUCCUUCACACAUGCGGCGUCUUCGACUGGCUCGGAAGCCUUCCCGUUCGGUUCGCCAAAAUCCACGAUCAAAACCUUCUCGCGACCGUCGCCAACAUGUCGCCUUGCCAGAAAAAUUCGGGCAUUGUACUUCUGCUCUGGUUUGCUGCUUAUCCAGUAUGCCGAAUCAAUACCUACCUUGGAAACCUCAUCGCCGUAACACUGAAGCGGCUCCUCAGCCCAAUCUGGGUACACCAGUAUAGCAAUGGCGAUGGUAUAGGGUUCCUGCCAAGCAUCGAGGUUCCCGCUGCGUAUCCUCCCCGCAACGAUGACCGAUACAAUGGGAACCAUGUCGGCUACCGCAACUAUCCGGAAUACACGGAGACUACUUCACCACGUGGCGAAAUGUAA